AUCGGCGUUGUGGGUGGGAAAAAACAUUAACAACAAAGAGGGAAAUACAGGAGCGAUAUGAACGGUGUUAUUCAUCUGAAUAGCAAUGACUACCACGCUGGGCAUGUAAUUUGUCAUAAUAUGUCAUUAUGAACUUUGUCAAUGGAAGAGCGAUCAGAAUUAUGCAGUACAUCUCCGAUGACUCAGCAACAAUAUAGUAAUAUAAAGACUAUACAUCGGUCCAGCUGCAAGUAAAAUGUCAGUAACGGUGCCUAAACACGUCUAAUUAGGGGGGUUUUAAGUUGUAGAUAUGCCACAAAAAUAAUGUUGCAUACUCUUAGGACUUUCCAUACUUAUUUGAAUACAGUGAGGGUUGCAUGCUGCUCUGGGUUCAGCUUUCAUCUCUGGUAAAGUGUGCUUUCUGUUUACAGGGCUGGCUGCCUUGCUAUGAUAUAGCCUUAGUUACUGGCUUGGCAUAAAAUAAAUUCUACCAUCCACCCCACCCCCCAAAAAAAAUAUUUAUUUGAAAAUGAUGAAUUUGUUUCAGAACGUCAUGCGCAUUUUCUCACAGGCAUUAUAGAAACAGAGGAUGAAAAUCUCAAGCAAGAAGCUGUGGUCACUGUCCUCCUGGACCAAAAUCCAUCAUUUCAUUCAGUGCAGAAAAAUAGUUUCUAGUAGAGGUCCAUCUGUAGCCAUUGUGGGCAGUGGACCUGCUGGAUUCUACACAGCCCAACAUCUGCUCAAGGGUCAUUCCUCAUUGACAGUGGACAUCUAUGAAAAGUUACCAGUCCCAUUUGGACUUGUCCGUUUUGGUGUGGCUCCAGACCAUCCAGAAGUUAAAAACUGUAUAAACACAUUCACUCAGACUGCUCACAAUGAGAGAUGCUGCUUUUUGGGCAAUGUUGAAGUAGGAAAAGAUCUCACAGUCUCAGACUUGACUCAAGCAUACACCGCUGUAGUACUGUGUUAUGGUGCGAGUAAUGACCGGCAGCUUGGCAUUCCAGGGGAGAUGCUGCCAAACGUAUUGUCUGCACGAUCAUUUGUUGGCUGGUACAAUGGGUUACCUGAGAAUAAAGAUCUCACUGUAAACCUCAGUUGUGAGACAGCUGUGGUUUUAGGGCAUGGCAAUGUAGCUCUAGAUGUUGCAAGAAUUCUUCUUACACCCAUUGAUAUUCUAAAAAAAACAGACAUCACUGAACACUCGCUGGAAAUGUUGUCAAAGAGUAAAGUUAAAAAAGUAUUGCUAGUAGGUAGAAGAGGUCCACUACAAGCAGCAUUCACCAUAAAAGAGCUGCGAGAAAUGAUAACCCUGCCUGGUUGUCGCACUGUUAUUUAUCCAGAAGAUGUACAAGGACUUGACGUAGUUGUGAAAGACCUUCCUCGUCCCAGACGCCGCCUGACAGAACUGUUGUACACUACUGCAGUACAGCCACCAGAAAAACACCGUGUGGCAUGGGCCAAUGCAACAAGAGAAUGGAUUCUUCAAUUUUUGCGCAGCCCUAUAGCGAUUAAGGCCAGCACAGAUGCACAGUGCAUAGAGAGUGUCCAUUUUGUUGUCAACAGAUAUUACAGAUCAGGACAAGGUCGUAGUGAAGUCUCUGUUCUGAAAAAAUAUGUUUUAAGUUUGGACUCAAAGGUGGGAGAUGUACAAGAAAAACAGAUUGCUGUUGCUACAGAUCAUACAGAAGAUGUCUUAAGAAGUAUUGGAUACACUGGGAUACCAAUAGAUGAUUUUGUUCCAUUUGACACCAAACGAGGAGUCAUCCAAAACAGUGGUGGCAGAGUGAUUGGAUGUAAAGGUCUGUACUGCAGUGGCUGGAUCUCACAAGGCCCAGUAUUUGUAAUUCUUGGCGCCAUGAAUGAUGGUUUUGCCACAGGUAAAGCAGUGCUGGAGGACAUUGCUUCAGGUGUACUGCCAUCAGGCUCAGCAGGAGGAAGAGAAGCAGUUAUGAAAAUAUUAAGUCAGAAAGGUGUAAGGCCAGUAAGUUUUUCUGACUGGGAGAAAAUCAACCAAGCAGAAAUCCAACUGGGCAAGAAAAACGACAAACCUCGGGAAAAGAUAACAUCAGUAGAAGAGAUGUUGCACAUAGCUGCUUCCUAAGCUCUUGUGUUGUGAAUGGACUUCAUAGAAGAAAAACUACAGUGACUCAUACACACACUGUAGAUUGGAAUAUCUGCAAGAUUCUUUUCAAAAUGUUGUAUUUAAAAGUACAGAAGAAUGAGUUUCACUUUCAUUAGUGUUUUGAUAAUCAUGUGCUCUCAUCUGUAAAUCCUUCCAAUAUUGAGCUAUCUACAAAUGUCUACAAUAAAAGUGUGCUGUUUGCAUAUAUUCGGAAAAACGC